AUGGAUGAAUAUACUCCUGAUUUUAGUGAUCCUAAAGAUUUUUAUUCCAUUCUUGGAUUACCAAAUAAAUCAAAUGAAGAAGAUAUUAAGAAAGCAUAUCGUAAAUUAGCAUUACAAUAUCAUCCUGAUAAAUCUAAAGAAGAGGAUGCAGCUGAAAAAUUUCAAAAAAUUACUGAUGCAUAUAAUUUCUUAUCAAAUUAUAGAAAUAAACGAGUAUAUGAUUUGUUUGGAUAUACCAUUUUUGAAUAUCAAGAAAUAAUUUGUCAAAUGUCAUUAUGUUUAAAUUGUAUGUCAUGUUGUUCUAUUCCAUUAUUAAUAAUAAUAGUAGGGUUAUUUGAUGUUUGGAUUAUAAUGUUUUUAAUUCGAUUAGAUGUUCCUAAGACAUGGUAUUUUGCAUGUAUUGAAAUACCAAUAUAUAUUUAUAUAUUAAUACCUAUUUUUUCAUCUUUAUUUGUAGAGGGAGCAUUAAAUAAAAUUCUUUCAACUUUGAAGUGGGUAAGUUUUCUAUUAACAAUUAUUUUCAUUUCAAUUGGAAUGGAUGAUAGUAUUAAUACACAUUGGGGAAAUCUUUUAGUUCCAGCAUUUUUCUUUGUGUUUUUUGAUUUUGUGAUUAGUAUUAAACAGUUUUUUGAACCAAAUAUUGUUGUAACAAUAAAUCCAGAAGGUAAAAAAAUAAAACAUAAAUAUGAAUAUUCUUGUUAUGAAGUGACUAAAAAUGUUACAUUUAAAUGUCUUAAAUCAAGUAUAUUACUUGGAUUUAUAUCUUGUUUAUGGUAUGCACAAUAUAUUAGAAAAAUAAAUGAAAUAGAACCUGAAUAUACAGCAGCUACUUGGGUUUUUGCAGUUUAUCUUUUUGUUAAUGCAUUAGAAGAAACAUUAUCUAAUAUUAAAAUUACAACAUUCUUUUCAGGAUCAAUAUCAGAAAAAUUUGAUAUUAAAUUCAUUAUUUGGGCAUGGAUUAAAUGUAGUUUUUAUAUUCUUCAAACAUUUUUAAUUGGAUUAAAUAUUGGAAGUCGACAUAAUUAUUAUUGGACAUGUGCAUUUAUUCCUAUUUUAAUUGUUUUAGCUUUAAUUCAUGGAUUUGCCAUUGUAGCACCUUGUUUGUCUUGUAAAUUAACUCGAGAUGUAUUAAAGCUAGUUAAUUACAUGAAUCCGUCAAAAGAACAUGAAAGAUAUUAUGAUGGAAAUGAAGAGAAAGAAGAUAAAUCAAAUGGAGUAGAAGUAGAAGUACAUAAUGAUGAGGAUGAAGAGGAAUAA